AUGGCUACCACUUCUCAUAUGUUUAUGUACUCCCUGACCAUUCAGCCGCCGACUGCGAUCACUCAGGCUAUUUUGGGUCAGUUCGCCGGAACGAAGGAGCAGCAGAUUGUCACAGCCUCGGGCUCAAAGUUGACGAUCCAUCGCCCCGAUCCUACCCAGGGCAAGCUCACGCCGCUCUAUUCGCAAGAUGUUUUUGGCAUCAUCCGAAGUCUGGCCGCUUUCAGGCUUGCUGGCAGCAACAAAGAUUAUAUCAUCAUUGGCUCCGAUUCCGGGCGCAUCACGAUCAUCGAGUACGUGCCGUCUCAGAACCGGUUCAACCGGAUCCACCUUGAGACCUUUGGCAAGUCGGGUGUUCGACGUGUGAUUCCUGGUCAGUAUUUAGCAGUCGAUCCCAAGGGCCGAGCUUACGAUCUCGUCUCCGCUGGAAGCGCAUAA